UGCGCCCGGCGGCGGGAGGCGGCGGAGGGGCCACGACGGCGGCGGCUGCUGCUGCCCUGCUAGCUCCGCCACGGCGGGCCCGGCCACCGGGAGCUGCUGCGUCAAUGUUGCUGAAAAGUGCCUUUCCUGAAGCCACCGCUGCUUGGAUUUCUGUCUAGGGCUGCCUCUCUCUGCCCCUCGCCCCCCUCUCUUUUUAAUUCGGCGUUGCUUGCGGUUCGUGCACUGACGGCAACUCCUCCAGCCUUGCCCUUUUUUUUCCCCUCCACAUUUACACGCAGUUUGCUCAGCCAUUUUAUUUUUUUUUCCUUCCCCCGAGUAUGUAGCAAGUAUUUAAAAGAAAAGAACGAGGAAAAAAACCCCACCCAGACGUCUUUUUGCUCGUUUUGAUGCUCGCGAACCAUAAUUUUUAGAAGCAAGAAAUAGAAGGAAAAAAAACAAAACCAACCCAACACCCCGAAGUUUUCUCCCUAAGGACCGAGACCAUUCCACAAACUGAAGUGCUGCCAGCAGCACAUGCUUUUUGCAAGAAUAAUUGAAACCAUUAACUGGAGAGCACAGAAUUCUUUUGAAAGUCUGCCAGUUAUUUGCAAGUAACUUCGGCAGUGGCACAAAAUAUAACACUUAUAUUUUAACUUCUACAAUUGCACUUUUAGGAGCUGGUCUCUAAUUUGAUUUUCAGUUGUUCUAAUAAGAUUUCUAUUUUAUGAUUGGCUUUAUGUUUAAUUCUUGUUUAAACAAACACGAUUUGACUUAAAUGAAAACCUAAGUGCUGAUGAAUAGGAGUUCUACCAAAGCAACAAGUUAGUUAUUUCUUCACGUUUAACUUGAAUUCACUUUUUUACCCUUUUUUUAAAAAAAAAAGAAGAAGAAGAAGAGGAAAAAAAAAAGAUCAGCAGUAAAUAUUGCCCUGAAGAAGGGUGCGAUUGCUUGCAUUUGAAUUUUUGGUUUUUAAUAUGGCUGUAAACGUUUCCCUGGUUCGUGAUACAAAAUGGCUGACGUUAGAAGUGUGUCGAGAGUUUCAGAGAGGUACUUGUUCUCGGUCUGAUGCAGAGUGCAAGUUCGCCCAUCCAUCACGGAGUUGCCAUGUGGAAAAUGGUCGAGUUAUUGCCUGCUUUGACUCCCUAAAGGGCCGGUGUACCCGAGAGAACUGCAAAUAUCUCCACCCUCCCCCACACUUAAAAACACAACUUGAGAUAAAUGGCCGCAACAACCUGAUCCAGCAGAAGACGGCCGCGGCCAUGUUUGCUCAGCAGAUGCAGUUCAUGCUACCAGGCGCGCAGCUACAGCCCAUUACAACAUUUCCUGUGACUCCAUCGCUUGCAACAAGCCCCACAAUGGCUUUUAGUCCUUACCUGAGUCAUGUUUCUCCUGGGAUGGGCUUGGUUCCUGCAGAGCUUUUACCAAAUACUCCUGUCCUGGUGUCCGGAAAUCCCACUGUUACAGUACCAGGAGGCUCUGCGGGGCAGAAACUGAUGCGUACGGAUAAACUGGAGGUUUGUCGAGAGUUUCAGCGUGGAAAUUGCACACGUGGUGAGAAUGAUUGCCGCUAUGCUCACCCCAUAGAUAUUGCUAUGAUAGACACAAAUGAAAACACUGUUACAGUUUGCAUGGAUUACAUCAAAGGUCGAUGCUCUAGGGAGAAAUGCAAGUACUUUCAUCCCCCUGCACACCUGCAAGCCAAAAUCAAGGCAGCUCAACACCAGGUGAACCAGACAGCUGCAGCUGCAAUGGCCCUGCCGCCUGGUGCGCUUCAACCUUUACCAAAGAGGCCAGCACUUGAAAAAAACAAUGGUGCCACCACAGUCUUUAACCCGAGCGUUUUCCACUACCAACAGGCUCUAGCCAACAUGCAGUUGCAACAGCCUACGUUCAUCCCCACAGCAGACCAUGUUGAAAUUCUGAACAGUAAAAUUGUGGAGCACCAGGACUUCUUGGUGGAAGCUGCGCAUGGCCUUUCUGUAUAUAUCCCCUCUUCCCUCUAUCAUUCUCUACCACCUCUACAGUAAGCCUGUUGCAGCCUACAUGUUAACCAAAAACUGAUCAAUGGGAAUGUCAAAAAAAAACAAAAAAAAAAGAAAGAAAAAGAAAAAAAAAAGCACUAUAGAAACAAUUAACAAACAGCGCUCUGUUAUAUGAGAUAUACAAGUAGAAAAUUAUAAUAGACUUUUAUAACACAUUACUUUAACACACUUAAUCAUUUUAUGACUACCAUCCUGAUAAGUGCAUCUGCACAGCGGACUGUUGGUUUACUGUAUACUAUCGAUGGAUAAAUGUUUGUCUUGUUUUUAAAGUGUUAUCUUACUGUUUUUGUUUACAUCAUAGUCUAUUGAUUUGUUUUAAAGUGUACAUCAUUAUCAAGUAUACUCAAUACCAUUUUUUCAUUAUUGUUAUGUCUUAAGUUUUCAUAUACUGUAGGUUUUAUGGGUUUUUGUUUGUUUUUUACUAAAAAUGUUAUUGUGGGAAACAGGAAUUAUGUGCUUGAAAAACACGACACAGGAAUGUUCUGCCCUUUGCUGGAUUUUGCUGUGAAUGUCAGCUCAAGUUGCUUGUGUUAAACGCUCCUUUAUCGUUUAAAAUUUGCCUUCAGAUAGAGCCUCCAAAUUUUUACUACAAGCGAUAUGAAAGGGCAGCUGUCAUUUUAGUCUAGUUCAGGAUAUUUCUUUCAAUACAGUGAGAAACUAUUGUUAAAAAAAAAACCCAAACCACAACCUCCCAGGCUCAGUCAGGGGACAGGACAGAUUUGCUCAGACGCUGGUCAACAUCAAGGAGUUUCUGCAGUUCUGUUGUCCAUUGAAGUGCAUUCUCAGCUGCCAAUGGCGCACAAUCUCUCUUGCUGUUCUCAUGGUGCAGUCAAAACAAGAACAACAAAAAAUAGAUGGUGAAGUGAGACAGCUUCAGCUGGGCAAAGACUCAUUGCAUUGGAGAGGAGCAGAUGGCAGCCGUUAGGUGGAGUGGGGCCAGUAGCUGUGACUUAGCCCCACUGUCAGGGGCUUGUCUCCACUCGGCAUGAAUCAUAGAAUCAUAGAAUGGUAGGGGUUGGAAGGGACCUUUAGAGAUCAUCUAGUCCAACCCCCGUGCAGAAGCAGGGUCACCUGAAACAUUCUGAAGCAUGCUGAAACAUUCUGACCUGAAGUCUUACGGUGGCUCUUGUCAGCAUGCACCUGUUGUUUAAUCACCAUUUUCCAUUAAGUGGGUGAUGUUUUUAAAUUUCUUUUUUCCCUCUGUGAUCUCUGGCCCUUUAAAGCAAACACAGCAGUAACAAAGCAGGAGAAAGCUCAGCAUAAGCUUUCUACAUUCAUCUUAAUGGAGCUCCUGUAGGUCACAGGAUUUAUUUUGGCACCUUCUACUUGAUCAAGAGCAAUGUUUGUUGCACAACAAGGGCUAGUUUUCAAUACCUCCUUUUCAUACGCACGAAUAAAACGAUUUCCAGCCCGUGCACCCUGGACAGCCCAGCCUGUCGUUAUGCUGCAUUGCUGAACAAUCUGGCUGCAGAAUGCAUUUUGAUUGAGGAUACAGCCAAAUUCAUCCCUGUCAUAUUGCUCUACACUAUCAUUGGCAUUAUGGAAGAGAUGGAUUGGCUGCUGUAAAUUCAUUAAGUCCAUGCAAAAAAGAAAGAGAAUUGUUACUGAAACCAAGCAAGUGCGGAGGGGCAGCUCACAGUGGUCCUGUAGGGUGCCAAAUUCUGACAACCGGGGUUUUGGUUUUCUUUUCCCAGUUCCUUGGUCUUGGUUAGAGACUUUCCUUACCCCCUCUCCUCCAGUGUGAGCACAGAUUGUUUGCUAGAUGUGCAUCUUCACAGACUACAAGUGAUGGAGGGGCGUCUAAGGCACAGCCAGUGCAUCCCAGAUCAGGCUCUGACCCUCUGCCUGUGGAGACUCAUUCAUAGCAAGAAGGUUUUUAGCCAGGCUGUUUAAAAGGUCUUGAGCCAGAAGGAAUCUCCAUUUCAGCAAGAUUUGAACCAAACCUUAAGAGGUGGUGUGGGGGAAAAUACCCCCAGUCCCUCCUUUGUGACUCCCAUGUUUGGAUAGUUGUCUGUGUCUGUAGGUGUUCCCCAGCCAUCAGUGUUCACAAGCAGCAGUGUUACCUGAAACCGGUGACUCUCCUUUAUCUUGGCGACCACAUCCCUGUUCUUUUCACCACUGAGUUUCUGUUUCCCAAAACCGUAACAUUAUUAGUGGAAAAAGUGGAUUUGAGUACUUCCUGUUUGAAAUUAUUUGUGUAUCAAAAAUGGGUUUUGCACAACCUGUGCCAGUGCCUCAACAAAGAACAGAGCUGAUCUUCUUAAGCCAGAAAGGAUGCAUUCAAGCUUGUAUGGCUUUAUGAGUUCAAGGAGGUUGGAAUUUUUUCAGUGCUAAAUGGAUUUUUGUAUAUCUUGACACUUUGAUGUAACCUCCUAUUUUAUUUAUCGACUUAAAACAUCUGGCAUAGAUGUGCAUAGAAUGUAAACCUAGAAUACAGCUGUUUUCAUGUCACAUUUAAAGCACUGAAAAAAAAAAAAAGCAUUUAAGGAUUAUUUUUUAUUAAAGAGGUCCAAUGAGGGAUGUUCAGGGUAGUUAUAUUAGGUGCCACAACAGUUUUUAUAUUGCUGGCAAAAUUUAGAGUUAAUUUGUAAAUGAGUUUAAGGAAAGAAAAGCUUGAAGCACUAAACUUCACCAAAUUCAAAACAAUCUCGGCAAAAAUGCCAUUUUGAGGUAGCACUAUUUAAACUAGUUGUGCAAUGACUUGCUCUAAUUUUCUUUGUUCAAGAAAGAAAAGAAAAAAAAAAAGAAGUCGCCAGACUAUAAAUUUCCUAAAUAGACUAUUACAAAGUCACCGAGCUAGUUAGUGACUCUAAACAAAUGUCAUAAAAGCAUGAAUAUCAUCCUUUAUUUGACAAGAGAUGUAUGUAAGUUUGUUUAAAUUGAUAUAAUUUUAGUGACAUUUUUAUAAGCUUCCCACUUUCCAUGAACCUAUAUUUUUUAUUUAUCCGAAGUUAUUUCUCUGUCCAUUUCUCUCAGCCUUAUGCAAACAAUAUGCAAGAAAUGCUGAAACUUGGAUAAAACGGGUCAUGCAGAGGGAAAAUGAAAGCUGAGAUUGAUAAUUUUCACGAGAAACAACAAGAUUGUUAGUAGUUUCAAUAAGAAGUACUACUACUAAACUGUAACAUAAGCAGACAAUAAAAGAGGGAUUUAAAAUAAAAUGGAUUCAUAAAACUAUUAAGAUUAUUUUUGUUAAAUACAGUGUUUUUAGUAAUUUGGAACAUGAUUUCACAAUCAGCCAUGUUUUUUAGUUGGGAAUUUCUAAGCUGAUGAUUUUUGACUGUGUAUUUUUGCACCGUGUUGUUCUAGAGCCCAUUCCCCUCCUUGCCCCGCGCGCACCGGCCCCUUCCCCACCUCUCCCACCCCUUCUCCCUCCCGCCGCGCCCAUGGGGAUCGCAGCCGGGGCUGGCCGGGCCCGCCGGAGCUGGGUCGCCGCGGUGGAGCCAGGCGGCGCGGGCCCGGCCUCACGCCUUCUCCUGGGCUGGGCUGGCUGGCGGGCAGCUGGGAGAGCAGCUCGAGGAUACGCGGGUACGCAGCAACCGAGAAACUGGAGCCCUCGUUUCGUUUAUCCCUUGUACAUUUCACAGACGUGAAACAUUUGAAAACGUGAAAUUUAUGAGGAAAAAGGCAAAUCUAAUUUCCCAUUCCUGUUGAAUGGAUUUAGUUUGAUAUUGACCUGAUUUUACCACGUGCCUGUUGAAGGCCUUAGAGUAUAUACUGUAUGUUAAAGACUGUAAUAACUUUUAAAAACACAAAAAAACCUGGUUGAUAGCCUAAUCCAAAUGUAAAUAGAGCGACACCACAUUGUUACUAGGCUACAACGCACUCAUUCCUGUCAUCUGUUUUUCAUUUCUCUACCAUUAGUUUCUAAGGUUUUCAUUCUUGCUUUUUUUUUUCCGAUAUCUUUAGUAACGAGUUUAAUUUUGAAGGAGAGUUAGAGAAAGUUUUAACAUUUUUAAUACAUGUAUUCAACCCAUUUAGUUAUAUUCUAAACCAACACUGAAGCAUGGUAAGGUAUAGAAUACAGUCCAUAACUAGUUUGUAUAGUUUACAGUUUAAGAACAAAAUUAACUUUGUAUGUAACUCCUACAAUGAUAGAUUCAUUGUUAACUAAUUAUAUUAAGUUGUUGUUGCUAUGGCAACAAAACUACAACAUGGCUACCUUUGUAUACAUUAUUUGUGAAAUUUUCACAUGUAAAUUAAAAGUGAUGUGUAACAGUAUGAGCUUGUUAAAGGUACAGUUCGAUACUGUCAGAUAAAGAUAUGAUUGAAUAUUUUUAAAAUCCCAAAGUCCCAUGUGAACGCUGAAUUUGUGUCUUUGAGGUCACUUUUUCAGUCAAGAAGUUUACAACACAUGGAUUUAGAGUCAGGUUUUAUAGCUUGUAGAAAUUGUUGUGUGGCAAGGGUUAUUCCACAGUAUUUUCGCUUCGGAAACACGACAGCCUGUCUUUACGACGUAGCGACCGGUCUUGCUUUCAUUUCACGCUCAUCCACGCGGCGGGAAUUCACAAUUAACCCCUUUCAGUACUGUAGCUCUGCCUGCAAUUUUCUCCAGAAAUUGAGCACUCAACGCAAUUACGUUCCGAUCAGGGCUAAAUAAGCAUAUAACUAUUUUAAUACUAAUUUAUAUUAGCAAAAACUGUACAUAAGGAAAAAACAAACAAACAAUAAAAUAUUGUGGAAUGACCCCGUAACAGUGUUGAAGAUACAAAUAUGCUGCAGUUAAACUGAUUCAGUUAGUGUACGAAUGUGUGAGACACACCUUUUUUGCACUUAUGUACAUAGUCCACGAAAGAAAUCCUUGGAACUUAUUUUGAAUAUAAAAAGUCUGUAAUAAUACAGGAAAAGUUUGUAAAAGAGAUAGGUAUUACUAAGGCUUUGAAAAGGAGGAGUUUUUUGCUAUAAAACUUAUCUGAAAGCAUGAUGUUGCUUUGCUGUUGUAAAAGCUUUGUAGUUUGCCAUAGCUUAUUAUACAGCAGACUGAUAACAGGUCAGCUCCAACCUGCAGCACAGAGAAAUGGGAAACAGUGCUUAAUUAAUUCAUAAGGUCACUAGCAAAGAUUUGAAUGAUUCUUUUUUUUCCCCCCUUUUUUAAUUGACCUACAUUUUCAAACCCACCCUAGGUCAUGUUUCUGAUAGGUUGUGUUCUGAGUGAAUCCUUUUAGGACUGUUAGGUCUGUGGCAGCACACACAGGUUUUUCCUGGCACCCAAUCCUGUUUCUAGCUGGAAGUGUUUAUCUGUUAAAGAUGACUGUCGUUGCAGUGAGGGUUUUAAAUCCAUGAGGGAAUCUGAAACGUCACCACUUACCAAUUUGGGGUUUUUUAAAGGGUUUUGGCUUUUUUAGCCUUUUGGGGCAAGGUAACAAGAUGGAGAGGCCUGAUGAGCUGUGGAUAGACAGGGGUAGUUUUGGAUUAUCUUGGGCCAGUUUCCUCCACUUGAGGACAGAUGUGCUCAGUCGAGGCAGGACUGCGUGGUGCUGCCAGGGGAUGUUGGAGCAGGAAGGUGGAGGCUGAGCGUGGCAGCGUGGUCAGCUGGCUGCUUCUGGCAUUGACUUGCUCCCAAAGGAGAGCACAGCAUGGUGCCCAGGUUGCUGAGCAGCCUCUUGUUUCCCGUUCCACUGUGCUGGUGGUAGUGCCAGGGCUCCGCAGCACUGGAGGGUUCGGAGAAGCUGAAGUGCCUGUGUUGACCCAUUUAUUUUUUAUUGGAACGAGUCUAUUUUUAUUUUUUGCAAAACCCAGGCACCAGAUUUGCUUCAGAAAAGUCGCUGUUUUUGCUGCGUGGCUGAUCCUGACUCAUCCUAGAGCAGAACCGGUGAGUGGUGGCAAACAAUGUCACCGUCCUCCUUUGCUGCCCAUGUCAGGGCUGGGGGCUGAGGUCGCUGCCAAGCAUAGGGGCUGCUCUUGGGAGAGAGCACUGCCACUGCCUGGCACCACAGCGUGUGUUUAAGCGGGUGGUUUGCAUUGCUGAGGCAUCAUGCAGUCCCGGUGACUUUAAAACAGGGGAAAAUCAGAUGUUGCCUCUGUCUGUGGGUGUUGCCAUACCCUAGAUUUGAAUACUCAACAAUCAUUGUGCUCAACGGCCACUGUGCUGUUACGGCUUCCCUUUGCCACAGUCCAUUUCUGGAAUCAAGCUCUUUCUCAUUUCUAGGCUUAUGAGAGAAAAAUGCUUUGCACUAUGUGAAAUGAAUCAUCGUUGGCCAAACGGCUUCUCGUUGGGGUAUGAGCGUGAUGGUAACAACACCGCUAAAAUCUUUGCUAGUGAUCUUUACUGACAUCCUCUGUCAUCGAAAAUAACUCGAUAUGCCUCUCAAACGAGAUACUUAAAACAUGCAAAAAUAACACAACUAUUAAAUAAAAUGAAGUUAUUUUUCCAAACACACAACAGAGAGAAUUACCUGACACCGAAUUACAAGGUUCCAGUUCUUUAUUACUGUACACAGAUGCUAUUUGAUAGUGGUGGAAGCCAAAUGAUUUUGUUGCCAUGGCUUUUGUAUCCUAGCAGAUGAGGGGAUGAUAAGACCAUUCUUAGGUUGGAUUAUGGGAUUUUUUUUUUUCAUUUUCUUUCCAAUUAGCUUUGUUUUAAUUCUCUUUUUGUUUUAACUCAUGAGAAUGAACCGAGACUCCCCACGUUAUGAUGUCACCUGACAACAGAUCACUAGUAUGGGGUUUUUUUAAUAAAUAGAGACUUGUAUUUUAGGCAAUCACUCAAAUCAAAGAGAGAAUGUUCUCCUAAAUUGUCGAUUUUUGAUUGAAAUAUAUUAAAACAACCGUUGAUACUGUACUGUGUAAAGUAGAUCUUUGAAGCACAUUCUUGUUUUCAUAGGCAUUUCUGGUAAAACAAGGGAAACGUUAGCUGUCAAUUUAAUGGUAUAGUUUAGACAAUAUAUACAAAUGAUUACAGUUAGCCCUGUGGAAUUGUAAGAAGUCCAACUGUCAUCAGAUCCAGACAGACGUAGGCUAAUGCAAUACUUCAGUUCCAUAACACAGUAGUUCAUUCCCUCAACUGCUACCAACAGGGUGUACGCUUUGAAUUUCUUUUUCUUUCUGCCACGUUAUAUUGCUGUAGUGCUUGUACGUGCUCUAGAGAUGUGCAUAAUGCUACUCAUUUUAGUAUGUUACUUCUAUAUUGUUAUUGUUUAUUUUUUUUAUCUUUUAAUAAAGUGUAUAAAAUUCUUGGUUAUGUUUUUUUAUGGAUCCAUAUCUACACGUUAAUAGGAGUUUACUUUAAAAACUUUUUGAGUUCCAGUUUAUUAGUCCCGAACUUCAAAGAUCCUGAUGUAAAAAUAAUAACUAAUGAAUCUGAUUCAAUGUUAUAUCUAAAGUGUAGAACAACAGAAUAAAUUUCUUUCCAGAAAAUACCUUUGGUAUUUGGAAUUCUGUAGCCGGUGCCUCCUUUUUCUCGGAUGCAUUCGGCCUCUCAUGUGAAAGUUACUAACACGAGAAAGACAUUUGUAUUUUAGAGAAAUAAAAAGUAAAACUUUCCA